CAGACCGAGCUCGCUAGCGUGGAUCACAGCACGGUAGUCACACUCUUGAGCUGGUUGAUUAAGUUUCGAUUUACUAUCGGGAGACCGCGUACGUCGCACUCAAUCUAUAUGACUGGUUAAAUUUGUCAGUCAUCUGAACUCGACGAUUACCAAUAGUAGUUGUUAGUACUGUGUUCUAGUGAAGAACCGGAACUCCGGGUGUUCAGAAGAAUAUGUAUACCGUGUCGAAAGGGCCCAGCAAGCUGGUGGCAAAAACGCGACGAGGUAUUCCACAGAACUAUGAAAAGUUCGAGCUGAUGCGUGAUCUGGGCAAGAAGAGCAGCAACGGAGACUGUGAUAUGGCCAGUGAAGUGAGCAUACCCCGGCCGGUGUUUCAGACGUCGAAAAAGUCGUCGGCGCAAUAUUUGCGAGCGCAGCAACAACAAUCUGAGCCAGAGCAUCUCAGUCCACAACACGAAGAGCUGAUAAAAUAUAUCAAUGACUCAUGGAACAUGGUGGUGGCAUCCAAUCCUUAUGACGUCCCAGGAUCGCCAGAUAGUAUGAGUUCCAACACCUCCCUCUCAUCAUCCUGCAGCACCAGUUCGAUGUCAUCGGAUGGUUCCAACAGCAGUACCACCACCCUGUACUACAACGACCCGCCCAGUCCGGUGCUGGUCGAUUUCAAACCGUUCGAUCUGGAAUCCUGGUGGGGGAGGAGAAUAUUCAACAAUAUCACCAAAAAUCUGUGAAAGUCUGAGUUGUAAUAAGUAGUAAACGAGACAACACAACAAAUCGCAUAAGUAACCCACACAGUUUUACACACAAAACAAACUAAAAAUACUUAAAACUAUUGUGAAACUAAUCAACCUAAGGAUACACUGUAAACAAAAAAUCUGUGAAAGCAAUUUAUUCGGAAUAUUAGCGAUCCCGAUCGGAACCCUAAAGCAGAGCACAGUAGGCGGAAAUCAAAUGGUGCAAAUUAUCAGUUCAGAAUCAGUAUGCUAGAGCAGCACAUAGAAGGAGAGUAGCCUAGGCAUUAUUAGGGAAAACAUCAAGACAGGAACGAGAAGCGGGGUGCAUGUGUAUUGACUUCUAGGGCGUGUUUCUGUGAUCAGUUUUAGCAAGCAUUUAGGAAUGUCAGCACGAUUGAAAGCGUACGUGGUUGGAUAACUGCUGGUUUAGUUGACUAUAAAUUUAUGUUCUUCUUCACUAAUCAUCAUCAAAUCGGUUCCUAGUUCUCUUGCCAAAAAUCAAUUGUUUUAGCGCGGUAUCAUCAUGUCCAUUUGUCACAUUAACCUGGACUGCGGCCUAAAAUUUCACGCUUAAUUUGUAUUUUAUUUGUUUAAGUAGGAACAGUAGCUAGUUCAUAGGUUGAAUCGUUCUCCAUUAAUUAGUCAUAUGUAUCUCAAAUUGGAUUGGGAGAAGGAGUACAAACCGUGAACCGUAGGAAAGAGGGGGCGGAAGUAUGCAGAGUUGUGGCUUAGGCAGACUGGGCUGGUUAUAAUAGCUUUGAGCCUGUGGAGCAGAUUGAGCUACUUCCAACGGAAGGAGACAACACUCGGAAUAGCUUUGAUUAUGUGCUGAACUAGUAGGAUGCAUGAAAGCGAUAGCAACUGUUUGUGAAAAGUGAUUAUACUGAAAUAGUUUUAGUGAUUAGAUAUGUUAUGGAACUGAAAUAAGAAACUGAUGAAGUCUAUUAAAGCAUGUUUGAUACAAAACACUGUUGACAACUGA